UAAAAAUCUUCAAACAGCAAGUCUCUCUCUCUCUCUCUCUCUCUCUCUCUCCAGUCCAAACGGAUUGGAUUAGCUUACACUUGAAGUUUGAAAAAACAGUCCGAUCAGAACUCUUUCUCUCUUCGUCAAAACUUCACACACAUAUAUUUAUUAGGGUUUUUCGAAAAUUUACAGUCUUUCAAUUUUAGUCUGAUCAGAGAUUAUUCUACAACCAUGAACUGCGAAGUUUGCCAACUCAAAGAUUUGGAAGUGGAGCACUUCGAGAUACGAGAAGUUUUACGCUGCAUACUACACACAAUUGUGUUUCAUCGGGCAUUAGGUUUAGUGCGACCUAAAGACGUUGAUUUGGAACUUUUUGAUGUUACCUAUGUGCAAUGUGGAGAUGUGGAACUUGAAAAGAAAAUAGAUGAGAAGAUUGAGCACUUCAUUAGCUGGGUAGAAAAACACCCAAACAAGAAAAGUCAGAUAUGCUUAUCUUUCUAUGAAGUGAAAAACAAACAGCCAUAUUGGUUCACUAAUAAAAUUGAACGCCUUUAUUGGGAACAAUGGUAUAUCAACCUGAAUGUGGCUCAACACCCGAAGGCACAUUCUAGCAAGUCUCAUAAUUCCAAAGUGGUAGUUGAUCCAGGAGAGGAGGAAAGAAUUGCUCGAAGGGCAGCAGUUGAAGCAUCUCUUCGUGAGGUAUUGUUUCAAAUAAUAAAAUUUGUGAAUGAGAAGAAGGAUCAUGUUCCUCCCAUACCAAAUGGUGAUGGUGUUGUCUAUUUUCCCCAUGAAAUCACUAUCCCUAGGAAGUUUCUCUCAAGCUCAUGAUUAGAGUGCUGAGUUUAUGUUGUGCUGCCAUUGGCCAGUUCAUCAGAUUCUGCAUUUGGAAUGGACAUGAUCAAGAGGAUGCUCCAAACUGGGCAUCCAACCAUGCUCAGCUGAUAAUUAUCAAAGUUGACAAGCUAUCUACUUAUUCCCAGUGUGUUCCAGAAGUAAAAUGGAUUCUUAUGUUAAUAUCUCGGCGUGUAUAUAUCAGGUGGGUGCAGAGAGCUGCUGAACCCAGCAACAGUUCGAAAGUAAAUCCUAGGUGCAUUUUAUGUUGCUUUAUCUUUGUAAAAAUAUUCUUCCUUUAUAACCUUCCCUUUAUCCCCUUCUCCAUUUCCCCUUUGUCUAUCCCGGCUGAUGCACAUAUUGUCUAUGUAUAUAAUGAAUUGAGACCAGUUUGAUCAACCAGGACCAUAUAGGUCAUUUCAUAUUA